UAGAGAUAAACUAGGACAGAACGGACCAGACCACCCCAGCCCCGCCACUGAAUGCCAACCACUUCUUUUUGCCUCGUGGUGCUUUUUUCCAAGGCCGUUUUGCCGUCUAUCGCUGUGUGCUGCCCCCGUUAUUGGCGAGGACCAAGCGCCGAUGAUGAGCUAGCACUAUCAAUGACGACCGCGAAGCCGUGCUCAAAAGCAUGAGCUUGUCUCAGCCCGCCCCUGCUAUAUGAGCCCAUCAACACCCCCGUGUCAGGCCCAGCCAUCAUCCCAGGGUCUUCCACCGCACACAACGUAUCGCGAGGGUUUCUCGGGCUACCAUAGAGCAACAUGUCGCAAAGCCCAAGGCCCAAGAAGGUGGCCGUCAUUGGCGGUGGUGCUGCAGGAAUGUCCUGCGCUACAACGCUUGCACAGCACCCAGACAAGUUCAAAGUCACCGUCUUUGAACGAUCGCCGGUGCCUGGUGGACAGGCAACCACUAUCCCCAUCGACGAGGCUAGAUUCGGCGCAUCGUGGUUGAACAAUGGCGUCCAGGGGGGAUCAACGAUAUUCAAGCACACGUUCAACUUCUUCAAAAAGUACAACCACGAGCCUCGCGAGGUCCAACUUCAGGUCUCGUUCGGUAAGGGCGUCGACGGCUUCUGGACCAACUGCUUCCCGAGCAGGCUCGUCGAGCAGUUCUCUGGUGACAUCAAAAAGUUCGGUCUGUUCCUAUUUCUGGUCAAAUGGGGCAUGCCUGUGCUUGGCCUCAUCCCCAUCCACCUUAUGAUGCGCCUCAUGCUGUUUAGUAAGGGGUUCGAGGAAAAGAUGGUCUAUCCCUUGAUUGCGCUCUUCCUCGGGACGGGGAACCAGACGCGCCACGUCCCCUCGGCCAUCGUCGAGCGGCUGUUUGACGACCCCAACAUGCGGCUGUGGGACUACGACAAGGGCACUCUGCUUCCUAACCUUCCAACCAUGGUCACGUUUGACAACCUCGGCUCCUUCUACGAGGAAUGGCGGCAAGAUCUCGUGCGGCGCGGCGUGUCGAUCCGCCUGAACAACGAGGUUGUCAAGGUUGCGGCGCGCACCAGCAAGGGUAUCCUACUGCAAACGCGGGUGGUCAACGAUGCCGGCGAGCCCGUGUCGGAAACGGGCCAUGAGGUGUUUGACGACAUGGUCUUUUGCACCCUCGCCGACGACGCCCUGCGCAUCCUCGGCGAGUCCGCCUCUUUGCGCGAGAGGUUCGUGCUGUCGGGCGCCAAGUUCUACGACGACGUUACCGUCACGCACCACGACCACGCCUACUUCAACCGCCAGUACGAGACGCGCUUCAAGAACGACCUCUGCGCGUCGCCCCGAAACGACGCCCAGCGGCAGCAGGUCGAGGUUGCUCGCGGCGACAGCGGCGGCAGCGGCGGCGGCAAAAACAGCUGCCCGGACGACGAUGACGACGACGACGACGGCGCCGCCGCCGCCGACGCGUCCCCUUCCCAUCCAGCCCCGUCCGGAGGCCAAGGGUUCCGCCCCAUGUACUUCACAAAGAGCUACGACGGCGUCCAGUCUAAGAUCGAGAUGUCGUUCGACUGCAGCAACUACCAGCACCAGCUCAUCGGCGCCGGCGGGCGCGAGCAUGUGUACCAGAGCAUCUUCCUCGACAAGCGCUGCGAACACCUGUGGACCAUGGGGGAGAUCAACGAGUCCAAGAUCAUCAAGCGCCAGUGGUGGCACCAGCUCGGCCACCGGUGGCAGCACUACCUCCGCGUCGUGCCGUGCAUGCGCUUCCUCAACGGCAGGAAUAACACGUACUUUGCCGGCAGCUGGACCCUGGUC